AUGAAAAGACUGCUUUUCAGGUGUUGGAAGGAUCUGAUUGCAAAAUCUAGGUCAAGGUCAGGCAGUUUGGAGGAGAAGGAAGAGAGGAUACAGAAUCCUGCUCUGGAAUGGAACCAGCUGCUACAGCGAGAUGAGGAAUCUGAAGUAAAAGUGUUCCCAUUGUGUGCCAGUUGUGACUUAAGAAUAGUUCUUGCUCCAGCCAUUGUAGAAACCAGUGUCACAAAGUCCAAUAUAGUGUGCGGCUACUCUGCUGAAGUGAACGUGACCAGUGACAUGGAUUUCUACCUCAGCACCAAUCAGGUGGGGCUUUUCUGGGACAUUUUCACCACUAACAUCACAUCAGGCACAGUGAAACAACAAUGCCAAAAAGAUAGGGGGCAUCAUGCUACAAGAGAGGCCAUAUCCAAAGCUAAGUCAUCCGAAAUUUCAGAAACGCAAAGCACCAUUUCUGAUGGCACCACCCAAAGGGCCGAGACAACAUCUUCACAGAGAUUCAGCUCCCAAGAAAAAGGGGUGAAUCCUUUGAAGGGUGUCACCCCCUUUGACAUCUUGCUAACAGCAGGGCGAAUCUCCUUUACUUGUUACUCUCACAGAGUAGCAAAGGACCACUGCAGGAAAGACUCAACUCUUGAAAACUUACUUUCACAGAUAAAAGCAAGCGGUCACUCGGCCACUAGAAAGAGAAGUGACCUUGAGGAGCCCUUGGACAAAAUGGAGGAAGACAAAAGUGCUGAGUCAUUCUGUAGUUUUGAGCGAAGUGAAAGUGUGUAUUACACCCCACAGAACAGUAUGAGUGAAGCAAUCCAUGAGGAAAACUUGGACCAAGAUAAUGGUGGUCAAGCUGGACAGUCGGAUGAAGGAGUUAUUGAUACGGUGCCAUAUUUCUAUGCAUAUUUCUCUCAGCCUCACAGCGUGGCAUCUUGUCAUCCAGAUAGACAGAAACUGGAGAUGUCUUGUUACGAUGUCACUCUAAAGGGAGCAAAGUCUGGGUAUAUUUUAGAAGACCCUUUCAAGAUGUUGCCAGACCUUGGUGACUUUACUGCCCACUGGGUGGAGACACGUGCAGGGGAGACUGAUCCCAAGACAGGCAUACCUCCAAGUCUGUAUACUUUUAAAGCAGAAAACUUUCUUACUGGAAAAGCUGGACUUACUGUGAGUAUAGAGAGGCCUCUGAAGCUGAACCUCAGCUUGGUGCUACUGGAGCAAGUUAAAGAGUUAGUGCAGGAGACACUGGAACAACUGAGACAAAGGGAGCAGACGACAGUUGCUGCGAGACAGUCUUCAGAAACUGUGCAGCAGACAACUGGAGAAAAGGAACUGACGACAAAUCCAGAUUGUGAUCCAGCUGAAUCCACAGAGAUGGCUCCGGGGUCAGUACCAGCCUAUGUGAGAUACCUCAGUGCUAUCCGCAAUAUCAACAUAGGCACAGUCCAGAUGGUGGUUGCCAUGACAACAGUGCCACACGAGGAGCAUGCUGGGAUACUCAUGGCACUGUCACAGUUCCAGGCUGGUAUCGAGCUGGAAGCUGACGAAGGUGCUCUCUCAGCAAUCAGCAUAUCAGCCUGGCUUAGCAACAUACUGGUCAAGACUCAGUACCAUUCUACUGUCCGUCCACUCCUGGGACCACUGUCCACCAGCAUGGACGCCCAGUUACAGUGGAUAGUGCACAGUGGACCAAGAUGGCUGCCACAGGUGUGUGCAAGCGUGGAGUGUGGACCCGUGCAGAUUUGUGUCGGACAAGAGCAUGCACUGUGCAUGUUGACGUUGGCUAAACAUUGGAGUAUUUACAACAAGAUUCUACAACAGGCAACUAGUGUCCACACAGAACCUGGAUCAACAAGAGAGAAGAGGAGAGAGAAGACCAAGAAAACCAGGAAAAAUGACCAGGGAGUCAGCUCAGUGGAUGAUCUGAGAACAGGGGCAUUCCAAUAUGUCUUUACUAAUGAUACCCCAGAUGUCACCCCUGAGGCUGGAGAGAUAGUGUUUGGGUCUGAUGAAGAAGAGGACGUGGCCUUCAUGGCCUGGUGUUAUCCAGAGGCCAGACUACUGACCAAAGUCCAUGUAGCACCUGUCCCCUUUAGUACCAGCCAGCUUAGCCCUACUGGCAAGGUUGACUGUGUUCUGCAGUACUGGUGCAUACUAAACAAAAACUACAUUGACUACCAACAGUUCCAAAUUACAGAGGGAAAUGACUGCCAGGUGGAGCUGCCAGGUUUACAAGACAAGCCCACAGUAGCUCAAGUCUGGAGAGUCCUUAUCUAUCAUGGAGACAGGGAGGAAAGAUCCCAGUCUGAGAGCCCUGACCCAGUUGUGUCACCAAUGACACUAGCAGCCUCUAUGAGGGUGGACUCCUGUAUUUUACCAGCACUGGUCCCAGCUGUGAGGUUUCAGUGUACUGCCUCGGUACUAGUGAUGAGAAUGAGUAACCACUUCCAACAUCUUGGCAAAGCAACUCCCAGCAAGCUCUGUCCAUUUUAUCUGGACAAUUGUAGCCCCUCGGACCAAGAUGUCUUAACCAUUACUGUAGAUGACCCAAGCUUUGACAUGUCCAUGUGGAUGGGUGAAGCUCUACAGACCACUGGACAGGUGACUGGCAUUGGUCAGUGUGAUAUUGUGGAAUACAGAAAUCUGACCACCCAAACCUUAGUGGACCCUGUGGCUGCUAGUGCUAGCAUACAGUAUACCCUGGAGACGGAGGUGAGAAAGAUGGAUAAGAGAGCUGACACAUUCACAUAA